UCCAAUGCCUUACCUUGAGAAAGAAGCAACGAACACUGUCUUUUUCGAGGAGUGGACCGUCAUGCAUGGCAACCAACAACCGACCUCAUUGUCAACAACUAACACAUCCAUGCAUCCGACACAAUAGUCUCAGAAUCACAACCGGACUGUGGCCCAUCCAAUUGCUGGUUACUUGUAGAGACAAGAGAAAGCUGGCCAAAGUGUGGCAUGGUUUCAAGGUUUGCUGGAAACUGAUUGAUAGAUAUCUUAUUAGCCUUGCAGUUAAGACAAGGGUAGCAAAAGCUUCUCGGACAAGAAGGAUUCGGUUGGACCGUUUGGUGCCGACACUCUCUCUGUCCUUUACGGACAAGAACCACAUCGAUCGUGACAUCCACUGAUCAUACCCGUACCACAAAGCCGACCAUCAUGACUGAUAGGAGUCGCAGCAACCAUACGAAUGGCGACGGAAGCGUUCUCUUACCGUCACCUUCUCGAAAAUCGUGGAGAAAGUUUGGCACUUCUGGGAGAGCUCGCUCCAUGGGGAGCAUGGCUGCUUUAGGGCAGGCAUCUCCUUCGCCUCGACCUCCAUCGCCUCCGCUAACACUAGCGUCAGGUAGUCCGAGUGGAUCCACCAAGGUACCCAUCAGCCCUCUGGAUACCCCACCCAGAAAAGUCUGGGAGAACAACUUUCGGUCCUUCCUUUCCAAGCGUUCCAACCAGCCACAAGAUACCACUGCCUUUCCUGAGGUCCCUCUCAUGGCUCCGAUGCAACAUGCUAAGACACAUCCACAAUCUACGCAGCAGUCGUCAAAAUCCAACAACGGAAAUAACGGCGGCGCUAAUGAAAACUCAGAUCAUUCCGUCCGUGGAGGCAAGUUCUUUCACUCGAUAUUUGGUGGUGGUAGCAGCUCAAAAGAUCCCAACAAGUCAAGUAGAAGAAAAACCAAGUCUUUAAAUGAGCUAGACGAGCCCAUGAGGAAUGGAAAGGAUAAGAACUACAGCCCGAGUAGCGCUCAGCACAAAAGAGCACAAUCCCAACGCAUCGUCAGUGCACCUAAACUCGAUGUUUUGGAUCAAACGCUAAGAAGGGCUAGCUCUGCUGGUACCAGCACUGGUUCGAUUGUUCCUCCACCCAGACAUCCUCCAAUAGCUCAGUCACAUCAGUAUCAACAGCCUCAAGUACAUCAGCAUCAUCUGAUACCUCCCAUGCAACACACCCAACUUCAGCUUUCUCAACAACAUGCCAGCUUGCACUCUUAUCCUAACGCGCAAUCUACUUCUACCUAUCAUUUACCUUAUGCACCACAAUCACCGCUGCAUCAACAGUAUCAGUAUCAAUAUUACCAACAACAAUCAUCAUCAUCAUCAUUACAACCUGAAGCGUUGCCCACCCCGCAGCAGCAGCAUUCGAUGCAGUCUCCCGUCACAUCGGGUUCUACUUCCUAUCAUUCCAUGUCACCCAGCUCGGCUACUACUGAAAUCAAAAAAGCAUUUACAGAAUUCCACAACUCCUCGCUGUAUGCCAGGGACUCCACUUCUGCCUACUUGGGCGAUGAACCUAGCACACGUCACGGAGAUACACCACACUACACCACCUACAAUCCGGGGUUUCUCCCCCAAAACAAAUUUUAUUCAGGAUCACAUCAACAAUCGUACCACUCGGGUGCCAAUGGAAGUAUGGGCAGUGGCAGUGGCAGCAGCCAUCAUCGCUUCAUGAGCUCAUCAUUGCCCACUGUUGAUGAAAAUGUAUCGAUUCACAAGUCCAUGCGAAUGCUCAGGCCAUUUCAAAUGGUCGAUACUUGGCAGGCAGGUAGGCGCUAUCUCAUUGGCCCAGCAGCACUGGCCACUUGUCCAUUGCUGCAGGGUGUUACGUCGAUCUCCUUGUCCAGGUCCAGAAAUGCCAGCGGUGCACGGUAUGGAUCAGAAGGACAACAACCUACAGAAGAGAAAGACGGGGACGUUGUCAGCAACAAUCCAACUGAUCCUGCCGGGUCGCAGCACUCCUUCUCUUCUCCCCCUGAAUUGCCUCCGUUGUUUGGUUGUAUUGUUCUUGGAAAGGCGCUUUUGAGCUAUGUCGUUCAAGAACCAAUCCAGCAUCAGCAGCAACGGUGGUGGUCAAGUUGCAUCCUCAUCCUGCGCCAGAACUAUCUGCUAGAAUAUGACGAACAAACUGGAGAUAUCCUUCAAGGGCUACCCAGAGGAUAUGCCCAUCUUCAGCACUCAUCAAGCUACGCUCACCCAGACUUUCUCGACGCGUUAGAGUUGGAGUUCUUUGUCAGUCCAUGCGCCAAAGCCGACAAACGAGUGCUGACGAUACGACUAGAAGAGGACAGAGAGAAACGUGCUGACUGGAUUUCUUGCCUCAACAGAGCGGCCCGUCUUUCCAUCCAGGACCUGUAUGACUAUGAGGAGGCAGAUGAAGUUGGGCGCGGUAGAUACGCAAUGGUUUACUCCGCCAAACGUCGACCACACAUGGAUCAGCAGCAGGAAGGCAGCGAUGACUGCGCCCUGAAGAUAAUUGACAAGAAAGAAUUUUGGCGGCGCGUCGUCAAGAAUAAAGAACGAGCAGACACCAUUGUUCGCGAGGCAUCAGUUCAAGCAACCAUGACAACCAAGUGUUCGAAAAUACCCCCUUUUGUCCGUCUGCGCGGGUUCUUUGAGACUUCCGACCACCUAGUCCUUGAGCUAGAGCUGCUCGAAGGCAUGGAUCUGUUCCAAUACGUUUCCUCAAGGGGCGUUCUCCCAGAGAAAGAAGCAGCUCUCAUCCUUCGAGACAUCCUCUCGGUCUUGGACGGAAUGAACCGCGCUGGGUUGGCACAUCGCGACAUUAAACCGGCCAACCUUCUCAUGUGCAAGACAAACGCAGACAGCAGCAACUCAUCGGAAACGAAAGCUUCCUGUGUUGUUAAAGUUGCAGAUUUUGGAAUGGCAACCUUUGUUGGCGUGGAUGGGUUGGUCCGCGGCAGGUGUGGCACCCCAGGGUACGUGGCCCCAGAAAUCUUUUCCGCUGGUCUUCACGGCGGUUACGGGAAUAAGGUGGAUGUCUUCUCAGCGGGCGUCACUACGUACGUGAUGCUCUGUGGGUACGAACCAUUCUAUGGGGAGACCGAUGAAGAAUUGGUAGCUGCCAAUAAGGCUGCUAGGGUUGACUUCCCGGACAACGAUUGGCGCAAUGUGUCAUCUGAGGCCAAGGACCUGGUCAAGAGAAUGAUGGAACCAGAUCCAAGGCGAAGGUUGAGUGCCCGAGAGGUUUUGAGCCACCCGUGGAUAGUUACGCAUGCAGGCACUACUGACAGCGCUGAUGUGUUCGGGCACAGCGGAGUGGACGCCCUGAGCCACUCCCUUCACAAAAGGGACAAUACUUGCGUGAUCAGUUAGUUUUUCAAUCUGGAAAGCAAUCUGUGCUACCGUACAGAAGUUUUUACAUUUUUGCUUAUUUUUGAAAAGGAGAUCAUUCAAAGGAGCUUGCCCGUUGGUACUUUGCAUGCAAACAAGUUCCGGUGCACCUUUUUGUCGGUGCAGCAAGUACUAUCUAGUACCGGUAACAGGCAAUAGCUAGAAGUAGUAGUUUAUGCAAUACGAGAUUGUACCGAAGAAACGAUGGACUCCUUGGAUAGAACCUUCGGUUUCCUUUCCACAAAAAGGGUAGCUACUAGGCAGCGACAUCCGCAACACUGAUCUGCUUAGCUUUCCCCGACAUGUUUGUAUCUAUGCGGAAUUCGAAGCACGGUUCCAAUAGCCAUGGAACAGGCAGAAGCACAUUUGGUCACGGAAAAAUUGGUGGCCGGGAAGGGGCGUAAACGAAAAGUAAAGGCAAAGCAGACGAUGGAAUGCCCACUCAGUACAAGUGGAGGCGAAAGAGAAAGAGGUAGACGUGUAGCAAGUUAAGUUAGUUGGAUUGAGAAAUACCAGUGCCUCUGGUUUUUAGCGUGC